AAACCAAGCGGACGCACAAAAAGGAAUUAAAUACAUAGCUCCAGAGCCGGAAAAGCACUCGCAAUUCGAAGAGAUAUCAGGGAUUACGUACUUAAACCGCACAACCAUCGUAAAUAAAUAAAUAACGCAAAAAAUGUCUGCUCGUCGCGUCACAUUGAACACACGCGUCUCGCGGGCCUCCACCUCGACGCCGGUGGGUGGCGCCUCCACCUCAUCGCGGGUGGGCGCCACCUCGCCCACAUCCCCCACCCGGACCACUCGGCUGCAGGAGAAGGAGGAGCUGCAGCAUCUGAACGAUCGUCUUGCCUGCUACAUUGACCGCAUGCGCAACCUGGAGAAUGAGAACAGCCGACUCACCCAGGAGCUGCAUCUCGCCCAGGAUACGGUCAACAGGGAGACCUCCAAUCUGAAGGCUGUCUACGAGAAGGAGCUGGCCGCCGCCCGCAAGCUGCUCGAUGAGACGGCCAAGGAGAAGGCCAAGCUGGAGAUCGAUAUUAAGCGGUUGUGGGAGGAGAAUGACGACCUGAAGCCGAGACUCGAUAAGAAGACCAAGGAGGCUGCCGUGGCUGAGAAUAAUGCCCGCCUUUAUGAAUCUCGUUAUUCGGAGGUCAAUGGCAAAUACAAUCAGGCUCUGGCCGAUCGCAAGAAGUUCGAGGAUCAGGCCAAGGAACUGGCCUUGGAGAACGAACGUCUGCGUCGCCAGCUGGAUGAUCUUCGCAAGCAAUUGGAGGCCGAGACAUUGGCCCGCGUCGAUCUGGAGAACCAGAACCAGAGUCUGCGCGAGGAGCUGGCCUUCAAGGAUCAGGUUCACACCCAGGAGCUCACCGAGACUCGCUCUCGUCGCCAGAUCGAGAUCAGUGAGAUCGAUGGCCGGCUGUCGCGUCAGUAUGAGGCCAAACUGCAGCAAUCGCUCCAGGAACUGCGUGAUCAGUACGAGGCACAGAUGCGCGCCAAUCGUGAGGAAGUCGAACUGCUCUACGACCAGGAGAUUCAGAACCUCAAGGCUGCCGCCAACAGGGCUGCCCAGGGAUCUGCUCAUGCCACCGAGGAAGUUCGUCUUAUGCGCACCAAGAUCGAUAGCCUUAAUGGCAAGCUGCAAGAACUGGAGAACACCAAUGCUGGCUUGAAUGCCCGCAUCAGGGAGCUGGAGAACCUUUUGGACACUGAGCGCCAGCGCCACAACCAGUACAUUGCCUCCCUGGAGGCCGAGCUACAACGCAUGCGCGACGACAUGGCCCAGCAGCUGCAGGAGUACCGCGAUUUGAUGGACAUCAAGGUGUCCCUGGAUCUCGAGAUUGCUGCCUACGACAAGCUUCUGUGCGGUGAGGAGCGUCGCCUGAACAUUGAGUCUCCCGGACGUCCUGGUAACGAUUCGGGUAUCUCCUCCAAUGGCACACACUUGCAUGCUAGCACCAGCUCCCGAUCUGGACGGGUUACACCCAGUGGACGUCGUUCGGCUACGCCUGGUAUUUCCGGAUCGAGUGCCGUAAAGCGUCGUCGCACCGUGAUCGAUGAGAGCGAGGAUCGCAGUGUGUCGGAGUACUCAGUGAAUGCGGCAGCCAAGGGAGAUCUGGAGAUCAUCGAGGCAGAUGUUGAGGGACGCUUCAUUAAGCUGCACAACAAGGGCACCGAGGAGAUCAAUCUCACUGGCUGGCAGUUGACUCGCAUUGCUGGCGAUGAGGAGCUGGCCUUCAAGUUCUCGCGCGGAUCAAAGGUUCUGGGAGGUGCCAGCGUGACCAUUUGGUCUGUGGAUGCCGGCACUGCCCACGAUCCGCCAAAUAACCUGGUGAUGAAGAAGAAGUGGCCGGUGGCCAACUCGAUGCGAUCGGUGCUGGCCAAUGCCGACAAAGAGGUGAGAGUCUUGUCCAUAUACAACACGUGCGGCACUUGCGACAUCUGCCGCCACUGCAGACACCUCGAGUUCGUGCUCGACCAGAUGUUGCCAGCUACGACCGUGUCCGUGCUAACGUUUCCAGCCACGUCUCAAGGCAUCGCAGCAGCGGCACGCCUAGCACCGGUUUUACCCUCGGUUCCGGAGCUGGCUCCACUGGCGUGAGGAGUCUCUUCUCCCUGCUCUUCUAGAUCCAGCGGGGACUCGUAACUCGAAUCGGAUUGGAUUGGAUGGGAUUGAAUUGGGAGACGCCUCUUUAAGUCACCAAGUCACCACCACCGCCAACAACCUCACCUCACUCACCGCAGAGACUCACAAGACUCACAGGCUCCGAGCAGCACAUUCACGCCCCGCAAAUGAUAGCUGAUAUCUGAUGGAUCACAUAUCAAAACAAUUGUGAAUUAUGAAUUAUGUACAACACCCAAAACUUGGUUCAACUCUUAAUGUUACAUGUUUAAGUGCCCUUAGUGAUUUCAUGUCUCUUUUGCUCUACGCGUUUCCUAUGCUUAAGUAAGAUUUUUUCACUUAACUUUACACUCUCUGUAAUUUAUGAUUGUUCUUGUGAAGAGAAUAUGCAUUUUGCUACAAUAAAAAACAAAGAAAAUUUGUUGAAAUGAAAACUA